CAGUCCGAAAAAUAUAUAAUUCAAUGAAUAUUUCAAAAUUAAAUCAUUGCUCUCAGAGACAUUAUCUUAGUCGCAAGUGUAAAAUAAAUUAAACAUCAAGAAAUUUUCAUAUAUUCUGGAUUACUCUUCAAAAUGAGAUGGAAAAGUGUCUUCCCACUUGUUGGCCUCAUCCUUGUUCUUGGUUUCCAGCAUGUAAUCUCAGAAUCUCUUCUCCCAAAUGACAAUAAUAGGGAGUGUGGAUUCUCCAGUGACGACAAAGAUUUAUGUGCUCUUUAUUGCUAUAGGUCUAUGAAACUCGGUCUAGCUUAUAUAAUUGAGUUGAAAGAAAAAAUCAAAAUACUCGAGGAGAAUCAUUCAGGGAGGGAAAAUAAUCAGCUGAGCAAUGCAGUUGAGAAAUUGCAAAGUAAAAUUGAUCAACAGAAUAUACAGAUAGCUAAUAUUAACGAUUUUAUUACAAACUCAGUCCGGCAGAAAGAGGUGGAAGAGAAGGCCAAAUCUCAAACUGAGAUAGACAAUUUUAAUAGAAAACUAGAACAAUUGAAAGAGAAUUUAGAAAAUGUUCAACGUCAAGCAGCAAAAGAUAAGGAAGAAAGCUUAGCUGAACAAAAAUAUUUAAGAAAUAAAAUUGAACAAAUCUUAAGAGACAAGAACACGGAAAUAGAUGGGGCUAGAAAUAGAGAAAUAGAGAAUCUAAAAGAGAAAUUAGCUUCCCAAAAAUCAGAUUUAGAAAAAGCAGUUAAAGAUCUCGAGUCGAAAAACAAGGAAUUUGAAGAAUAUCAGACUAAGGAAAAGAAUUCCAACAACAAAAUUGGAGAGUUAAAUUCUAAAAUUUCAUCCUUACAGAAAAAUAUUCAGAAAGAAAUGGAAGAGAAAGCCAAAUUUCAAACUGAGAUAGACAAUUUUACGAGAAAAGUAGAACAAUUGAAAGAGAAUUUAGAAAAUGUUCAACUUCAAGCAGCAAAAGAUAAGGAAGGAAGCUUAGCAGAACAACGAAACAGAAAAAGAGAAAUAGAGAAUCUAAAAGAGAAAUUAGCAACCCAAAACUCAGAUUUACACAAAGCAAUUAAAGACCUCGAGUCGAAAACGAAGGAAUCUAAAGAAUAUCAGACUAGGGAAAAUAUUUCUAGCAACAAAAUUGGAGAAUUAAAUUCUAAAAUUUCAUCCUUAAAGAAAUCGUUAGAAGAAUCUGAAACUCAGUUGACUGAUUCGAAUCAUUUACUUGAAAGACAACUAAACCAAACUGCACAAAACCUAAUCGAGUGUCGGGAAAAACUACCAAAAACCAGUUGCAAAGGCCUCUCUUCGGGAAUUCAUAAAAUUGAAAUUGCCGGACUUGAUCCAAUUUCUGCUCUCUGCGAAGGAGAUAUAGAAGGUGGUGGAUGGUUAGUUAUUCAUAAACGAUUUGAUGGCAGCGUAGACUUUAAUCGAACUUGGACUGAGUAUCGUAAUGGGUUCGGAAAUAAGGAGGGAGAAUUUUUUAUUGGUCUUGAUAAUUUGCAUCUUAUUACCAAUUCCCAAACAUAUGAACUUUAUGUGCAAUUGGGAUAUCACGAUGGAACUUUCCGAUUUGCUAGUUAUGAUAAUUUUACAAUUGGCAACGAAACUACAAAAUAUAAGUUGGAGUCGUUGGGAGGGUUUAAAGGAACAGCUAUAGAUGUUAUGAAGGUCAAUUUAAAUCAAGCAUUUUCCAGUUUCGAUCAAGAUAAUGAUCAAUGGGGUGGUAAUUGUGCGCAAUGGUGUGGAGCCUGGUGGCAUCGAUAUUGCAGCGAUGCCCACCUCAACGGAAAAUACUUCAAUAGAGAAGUCGAUGAUUAUUCAAGUAUGAGCUGGUGGAUGUCGAUUUCUCUCAAAUCUGUCCAGAUGCUUAUCCGACCAAAAUAAAGUUGGACUUCAUUUCAAAAUCAACAGAAAAACGUGUAAAACUAUGCCAUCAAAAAAAAAAACGUAUAUUUCAGCAACAAAACAAGUAAUUUUCCAACAUAAUCUUCAAACACAAUCUUGAGUAGACAAUUUCCCUUUUCUGUUUUGUCUUAUUGUUAGAUGACAUUCGAUGUCUUUUUAA